ACAUUGCCGGAAUCUGCUCUUAAUUAAGUUGUUUGUUUUUGUUUUUGUGUGAGGAUUACAUAUUGUAAAUGUUCGUGUUAUAGAAAUAGAAAGAACAUAUCAAUGGAUUUCCACUAAUUUAUUAAUGAGAGAUGAGGCUUCACAAAAAAGUUAUAGCUUUAACUAGUAUUAUUGCUACAUUUAUAAUAUAUUUAAUUUACCAUGGUAAUUUUCCACAGCCUACAAGUAUUUUUCCUUCGCAUACUACGAGGAAAAGAGUUGUGCAGUAUAGAACGGAGAUUUAAUAUAGCAGUAGUCGCAUGCGGACAACGGUUGCAGGAGACGCUGACGAUGAUAAAGUCUGCCCUGCUCUUCAAUCACUACAAAGACAAGUUGCACUUCCUAGUGUUCUCUGAAGAUCAGUUGGGAAUCAGUUUCAAGGAAAAAUUAAGUGACUGGAAAUCACUUAUACCAGAUAUUUUCGAUUUUGAUGUUUUACCUUUGCGAUUCCCGCCAAACAGUGAAACUGAAUGGAAGACUCUCUUUAAACCAUGUGCAGCUCAGCGUCUAUUUUUACCGUCAUUGCUGCAAUCUUUUGAAUCGCUCUUAUAUGUGGAUACCGACAUAAUAUUUCUCUCCCCCGUUUCUGAAGUUUGGAAUUUCUUAGCGAAGUUUAACGAAAGCCAAUUUGCCGCCCUUACACCGGAACACGAAGAUCCUAACAUUGGAUGGUAUAACCGAUUUGCACGUCAUCCGUAUUAUGGAUCUCUGGGGGUUAACUCUGGUGUGAUGUUAAUGAAUUUAACCCGAAUGCGUCAGUUUAAAUGGGAAGAGCAUGUCUUGCCCAUACACCGAGAAUAUAAAUUACGAAUCACAUGGGGAGAUCAGGAUAUAAUAAACAUCCUUUUUUACUAUCAUCCAGAGAAGCUGUAUAUAUUACCAUGUGAAUUCAAUUACCGCCCGGAUCAUUGCAUGUAUAUGAACGUGUGUAAUACAUCCACCAAUGGCAUUAAAAUCAUACAUGGCAAUCGUGGUUAUUUUCAUUCCAAUAAGCAACCACUAUUUCGCGCAGUUUUCGAAGCGAUUGAAAAUUAUCAGAUAGGGAAUAAUCCCUACAUAGAUUUUUUGAUACCACUACUUAAUGCUUUGGAGGAUCCACUAGUUUUGAAAUCGAAUUGUGGAAAAUUAAGGAAAGAAGCAACACUUACGGCGUCCAAAAUUUUUAUUGAACAAUAAAAUUAGUAAAAGUAUCGAAAUAUUUUUGAA